GUAAGCUAGUGCACAAAACUGCAAAUACUAUCGUAUUACUGUGCUAUUUGUUGGACUACCUUUGAAAUACUUGAAUUAAAGGAACAAUGUCUGCAGGUGUCCCUGGACUUUACCCGUGCCGUGUAUGUGGUGAUAAUGCCACUGGAUUUCAUUACGGUGUUUUGUGUUGUGAAGGGUGCAAGGGAUUUUUCUUUCGGACGAUACGUGGAAAUAAGCAAUACAGGCAAUGCAAAAAUCCAAGUAAAUGUUUGAUAUUGCAAUCAAACAGAAAUAGAUGCAGGUUUUGCAGGAUGCAGCGGUGUCUUGAUGUCGGGAUGUCUUAUGAAGCUGUGAAGAUGGGAAGAUGGACUAAGGCAGACCACAGAGGCCUGAAACCAACACUGGUGACCAAGGCCCUACAUCACGAUGACCUUAUAUUAACAGUUUAUUCCGCUUUCGCAAAAGCCUGCAGCAACCAUAACAAUCAGCUGAACAAUGAGCCGAGUUUAGAGAUUGGUGGCAGUUUCUUCAUUCGGAAUGGCAUUUUGUUCGCAACAGCUUUUGCAAAACAACUUAAAGAUUUUACCUCCCUUGGUCGUGAUGUUCAACAUAAACAGAUCAAGACAGCGAUAAUUGAAAUGUCUGUGCUGUUCGAAGAGGUCAGACUUAAGACAGCAGGUUCCGAAGAUUGUACAAUAUAUUCAAGGAAAACGGAAAAUUCUGUCAUAACAGUUAUACGAAAUAAGGGGAAGAAACUUACGCAAAAACUAAUGUCGCUUAAUCUUACGCAAGCAGAGCUAUCUCUUCUGCUUGCUGUAAUUUUGUUCUGUUCAGAUCGCCACUGCUCAGACACUGCGGACUGUAAGAAACUCGAAUGGAUAGAAGAAUCGUUACUAUCAGCUUUGAAAUACCAGCUUGUUUUCAACCACACUAAACAUUUAGGCUUUUUACCUCAAAUAAUUGAGUUUAUAUGCUGUUUAAGGGGACUAACUAUCCAGUUUUUAGACGACAUAUUAAGAUUCAAUGGAACAUACAGAAUAUAAAGGAAUACUUUUCGUUUUGCCACGGUUAAAAUACCAUCUCAUGCGCUUAGCGUGGCAUACUCGGUUACUCGGCUGAGUAACAUUUAAAAUCCAAUCCAAAAAUAAAAAAUAAAAAAGGCUAAAAACUCCAUGGAAGCAAUAAAAAACUGACCAGGAGUGGGUAUGGAGGUAGGGACAAUGUCAUAGCAUAUGAGUAUGCUGUUGUCUUGGUCCUUGACCUUGUUAUAACUUUUGUGACGGCAGACUGCUGUUCCUCUUUCAUUAAAAUUUCUAUCACAAUUUC